CUUAAUUCAUGGCACCGGCAUCGGCUCGUUACUUUAGCCUUUAAUUGGAUGUCUUAGAAGAUGUUUAUUUAAAGACAAGUAUAAUAAGGGACUCAUAGUUGAAGCACAGUAUAAAGAGGUUCCACAGUAGAACCACUCUCCGAAAAAUUGGAAGUAAAAUCUUUCAACGCGCAGGGCGGCUGCGCAUUAUUUCCUGGCCGCGCGAGAACCAUUCUUCCAUUGCUAGUCGAGUAGGAACGUACGGGUUAACAGUGCCGUAUUUUGCUUAAAUUGAGUUAGUUUUGUGAAUAAUUGUUAAUAUUGUGAAGUUGAACAUGAGUAAAAUUCGAACUGGUAUUAGUCGGUGUUCAGCAAAAAUGUGCACGAACAAUUCAAAAAAUUGUAACUACAGUUUUUUCCGAUUUCCCAAGGAAGCUGAUAGAGCACGAAAUUGGGCAAUGUUGUGCCAGAGAGAAGAUUUGUUAAAGAAAACAAACUUAAAUUUGAACAGAUUAUGCAGUGUGCAUUUUGAAAAUACUAUGUUUUCACAUAAAACUCGGAACAGGUUAUGUAAAAACGCAGUACCACGUUUAUUUCUUUCAAUAGAAGACAGUCCAAACCAACAUUCAAAUGUUGAUCAAGUUUUUUGGAACGAAUACCAAACUGAGCAAAACUUCACCUUUUGGAAGGACUCCACGAGCCUGAAUGGAGCCUCCAAUAUCGUCGGCGAUGAUCACCAUAAUGAAUAUCUAACCAACCAACACCUGUAGGACUGGUGGCCCACAACAUCUACGACCUCAGAGCCAGUUGCAGAACCAACAGCCAAGAUACCAAGAAUCUACAGACAGAUUCCAACGGCAUACCAUAAAUAUAAUCUGAUCUGUUAGUUUUCGGCAAGGUCUUGUAUAUCUUUGAUUUGACAUUACAUUACUUUAUU